CGGUGCCGGCGGGGCGGGGCGGGCGCGGCGGAGGCGGAGGAAGAGAGAGCGGGAGCCCUGGGAGGCCGGGCGCCGCCAUGGAACUGGGCCCGGAGCCCCCGCACCGCCGCCGCCUGCUCUUCGCCUGCAGUCCCCCUCCCGCGCCGCAGCCCGUCGUGAAAGCGCUGUUCGGCGCACCAGCCUCCGGGGGCCUGUCGCCUGUCACCAACCUGACGGUCACCAUGGACCGGCUGCAGGGGCUGGGCAGUGAAUAUGAACAGCCGCUGGAGGUGAGAAACAGCAGUCUGCAGAGAAUGGGCUCCUCUGAGUCAACCGAUUCAGGCUUCUGUCUGGAUUCUCCUGGGCCCUUGGACAGUAAAGAAAACCUUGAAAAUCCCAUGAGGAGAAUAAGUUUUCUGCCUCAGAAGCUCUUGGGAUGUAGCCCAGCUCUGAAGAGGAGCCAUUCUGAUUCUCUUGACCAUGAUGUCUUUCAGCUGAUGGAGCAGGAUGAGAACAAGGAAAACGAAGCCUUUGAGUUUAAGAAGCCAAUAAGACCGGCAUCUCGUGGCUGCCUGCAUUCUCAUGGACUUGAGGAGAGUAAAGAUCUCUUCACACAGAGGCAGAACUCUGCCCCAGCUCGGAUGCUUUCCUCCAAUGAAAGAGAUGGCAGUGAACCGGGGAAUUUCGUUCCUCUUUUUAUGCCCCAGUCCCCUGUGACGGCCACUUUGUCUGAUGAGGACGAUGGCUUCAUGGACCUUCUUGAUGGAGAGAAUCUGAAGAAUGAUGAAGAGACCCCGUCAUGCAUGGCAAGCCUCUGGACAGCUCCCCUUGUCAUGAGAAGAAUGACAAACCUUGGCAAUCGAUGCAAGCUGUUUGACUCUUCUUCCACAUGUAGCUCCAUCACCCGGACAGUGUUAAAAAGACCAGACCGAUCUCAGGAGGAGCACCUGCCCGUAAAUACGAAGCGGAGAAAGAGCAUGGCUGGGGCCAGUGCCGAAGAGGCAGCCAGUCCAGAGAAGCCCCAGGAGAUUCUACAUCAGUCUUUAUCCCUGGCAUCUUCCCCAAAGGGGACCAUUGAGAACAUUUUGGAUAAUGACCCAAGGGACCUUAUAGGAGACUUCUCCAAGGGUUAUCUCUUUCGUACAGUUGCUGGGAAACAUCAGGAUUUAAAAUACAUCUCUCCAGAAAUUAUGGCAUCUGUUUUAAACGGCAAGUUUGCCAACCUUAUUAAAGAAUUUGUUAUCAUUGACUGCCGGUACCCGUAUGAAUAUGAGGGAGGCCACAUCAAGGGUGCGGUGAACUUGCACAUGGAAGAGGAGGUUGAGGACUUCUUACUCAAGAAGCCCAUCGUGCCUACUGAUGGCAAGCGUGUCAUUGUCGUGUUCCACUGCGAGUUCUCUUCCGAGCGAGGCCCUCGCAUGUGCCGGUACGUGAGAGAGAGAGAUCGGCUUGGUAACGAGUAUCCCAAACUCCACUACCCUGAGCUGUAUGUCCUGAAGGGCGGGUACAAGGAGUUCUUCCUGAAAUGCCAGUCUCACUGUGAGCCCCCCAGCUACCGGCCCAUGCACCAUGAGGACUUCAAAGAAGACCUGAAGAAGUUCCGCACCAAGAGCCGGACCUGGGCAGGGGAAAAGAGCAAAAGGGAGAUGUACAGCCGCCUGAAGAAGCUGUGAGGGCGGCCGUGCCAGACAGCAGCAGCCUGAGGCUCCCUCCGUGCCUCCCCCCUUCCCUCUUUGCUGCAGAGAAACUUGAGCGAAGGGGCCAGCCGCGUGCACGACGUGUGGAGAGAGGACCCGGAGCCGGUGGGCCUUCCCCUGGCUCUGCGCUCCCGGGGUUGGAGCGUCCCGCCAGCUGCACCCCUUCCGUCCCCGUAAGACAUUCUCCUUCUGCCUCGGGACUGGCCGCCAAGGCUGUCACUGCUGUCACUGGCUGCAGCACCAGUCCGAGCACAGAGUCAAGAAGUUCUGACUUCUCACUGCCCGCCGUCGGACAGACCACCUGGGGCCUUACUGGGCACUGUCCUCUCCUGGGGGCGGGUAGGGAGAGUGUGAGAGAAGUAACGGAAGCAGAAAUGCCGUGGUCAGAUGCCAGAGACAGCCUGGGAAGGGAAUGGUCUUGGUGGGAUAACCCGUAUCGUUAAUUUAUUCAACUUCAUCAAUCACUUUAUUUUUUUUUUUUUUUUUUUAACUCCUGGAGACUUUUAUUUAACUGCUUCUUUAAGUCAUAAUACUGCCAUUCUGGGUAGGGUUUUAUCAUCCCAGGGACUACCUCUGCUUUUAAAAAAAAAAAAAGGUUGGGGGAGAAGCGGCAAACUUGUGUUGAGGGACAGAACUAGGAGCUCUGUCACCCCCAGGAGGCACUGUGGUACUGGGCCCGCUGCUAUUUAAAGCCAAGGACUGAGGUACUGGUAGGAACAGGCACUGGACUCAGACUUGGCUACAGGACAUAAGCUAAACCUCCCAGACCUACCUCGAAGGCCACUGAGAUCUAUGGGGGGGGGUGGCCCUGCUCUUCCUCACCCCAGUUCCCUGUGACGCUGGCUGGUAUAGGAGUCCCAGUCAGGAAAGCACUUCAGGCAGCUUCCAUUGGGCCGCCCCCAGAUCAUUGUUGGAAUGUGGUAGUGUAGGUGUCCUAGA